AUGAGAAUAAUUGAUGAAUUAGCCAAAACUUGGGGAGUUUGGUAUAAUUUGGAUGAACACUAUAAUGGCCAUGUAAUGUUUUGGUUUAAGACUGAAGAGGACCGUGAUGUUGUGUUGAAGAAGGGUCCUUUUGCUGUGUAUGGAAAACGUAUGUUCCUUGAACCACCACCAAAAGAGUUCUCUGAGGCGUAUGAAGAUUACCGGUUCCUUCCAAUGUGGGUUAGACUCCCCUCACUGCCGAAACCUUGUUGGAACACUGGGGCUUUGAGCAAAAUCGCUGCUGCCAUUGGUAAACCUCUGGAAAGAAAUGUGGCUGCUGGGCAUGGGAAUGAGAAUGGUGAUACCGAGACUCAAGCUCUUGUAGCUACGGAUGUGUGUGAGGCUGUUGUGGGUGACGAAGAGGAUGUGGCAGAAAAGAGAACUGAUGAGGCAGCACUGGUGGUAGUCGAAGAUGGUACAGGAGUGCAAGAUAUUGUAGCUACACCUUUGCAACAACCUUUUGGAACUCCACAAGUCGAGGUGCAAUCUCCUCCACCACCUCUUGAGAUUGGAGAUGAGGCCGCAAAUGAGACAUCUGACGCAGAAAUUCCACAAGUUGAGGUGCAAUCCCCUCCACCACCUCCUGAAAUUGAAGAGGAGGCCGGUAACGACAAAGAAGAAGCUGCUUUGUCAAAAUCUGCUAGAAGAAAGGCCCGAAAGGCUAGGAAGGCGGCAGAAGCUGCCUUGAACCCUCCAUGCAACCUUGAGACUGUCUCUGAAGUUGAUCCGGAUCCACAGGCAGAAAAUGAAGAAGAAAAUGUUGUCACCUUACCCAUAGAGCCCUCUCGUGUGGUGCUGGGGCAAGAAGACGAUCCCCGCAAUCUAAGAAGCAAAAGAAAACAUCUCGGACAUCCCUGCCACUUGGGAUUAACAAAGUGGCUGGCGGCGGUGGUCGGCGAGCACCCACUCCGUUGCUCAAUGUUGAUCGGAACUUGGAAUAAUGGAUGGAAGCUUGCAACCAACUUCCAUGAUACUGUUGGUGGAAGGAUUCUUGUUACAUGGAACCCAGCGCUAGUAGACUGCUCAAUCCUUGAGACUGGACCUCAACAUGUCCACUGUCUCAUUCUAUGCAAGAUUUCUCAGAAGAAGAUUCUUUGUACUUUUGUCUAUGGCCUCUUUUCUGUAGUUGCGAGAAGGCAAUUAUGGGAGAAGAUUGAAGCACUUGGACUAUUGAUUGUUGAACCAUGGGUAAUCUCAGGUGACUUUAAUACAGUGUUAUCACCAUCUGAAAGAAGGGGAGGAAACGAACCAACUAGAUAUGAGCUUCAGGAUUUGGAGAAUUGCUGUGCGAACAUGGAUCUAACGGACUGCCCUUCUACUGGAAAUUUUUUUACGUGGAGAAAUAGGUAUAUGGAAGCCAAGCUGGAUCGGGACUUCAAAGUUACUCUUGAAAAUGUGUGGAGAGAGCAUGUGGAGGGAUCGAAGCAGUAUAUUCUGGCCAAGAAACUUAAGUCUCUUAAAGGACCUCUUCGCACUCUUAACAGAAAUGCGUUCAGCCACAUCUCGGAGAGAACCCGAGUCGCGAAAGAAGCCUACUCUGUUGCGCAAGAUGAGUUGGAUGUCCUAAACGCGAAUGAACAAGAGAGGGCUUAUGUUAAUGAUCUUCGGAAGAGGGCCUUGUUCUUGAUGGAGGCUGAAAGACGGUUCUUUGCGCAAAAAUUGAAUACAGUCCACUUGGUUGAGGCAGAUAAGGGAUCACACUAUUUUCAUAGCCUCAUAAAUAAAAGAAAUGCAGCGUCAACUCUAGCUGCAAUCCUUGAUCAAGAUGGGAACCUAACUACUUCACUCAAUCAAGUGGGCAGCUUGUUUGUAAAAUUUUUCUCUGAUUUAUUUGGCACCCCAAGAGAAAGGAAUGGAACGGACAAUACAUAUUUUGGCCAUGGCUCCAAUGUCUCUGCCGAUCAAGCUUUGAACCUUGUGGCCCCAAUCUCUAAAGAAGAAAUAAAGGAAGCUUUAUUCUCUAUGGGUAAUGACAAAGCUCCGGGGCCCGACGGGUACACUGCCGCUUUCUUCAAAGUUAAUUGGAACCGGAUUGGUUCACUGGUCAUAGCGGCAGUGAUGGAAUUUUUCAGAAAUGGGCAACUGUUGAAGCAAUGGAAUCAUACCGUUAUUGCCUUAAUCCCCAAGAAGAUGCACGAUCAAAGGGUCGAGGAUUUUAGACCAAUCGCGUGCUGCAAUGUUUUUUACAAGAUAACGAAGAUAAUUGCAGCACGCAUGGGACGAGUACUGCCGGACAUUGUGGACCAAGCCCAAGGGGCUUUUGAACUUAUAAGGGGAUAUUCAAGAAAAAGAAUAUCCCCGAGGUGCAUGAUAAUGGUGGAUAUCCGAAAGGCUUAUGACACUGUUAGCUGGGAUUUCUUGAAGGAGGUUCUGCAUGGGUUCGGGUUUCCGAGUAUCUUCACUGAAUGGAUCAUGGAGUGUGCGGGGAUUAAGGCAAGGGGACCCAUGUCCCCCAUGUUGUUCACGUUAUGCAUGGAAUACUUCACAAGAAUGUUGAAGGCCAAGACUGCGAGCCCGAUGUUCAAGUUCCACCCAAGAUGUUCUAACCUCCGCAUAAGCCAUUUGGCUUUUGCGGAUGACUUGAUGCUUUUUUGCAGGGGAGAUGUAAGCUCGGUGGGAAUAAUGAUGAAUGCGUUGAAUGAGCUCGAAGGGACCUCAGGGCUAGCGAUUAGUGCUACGAAAUCGAAACUGUUUUGUGCUGGGGUGCGUGAUGACCUUAGCUUCACACGCAUCCCUAAUGGCACCUUGCCUGUUCGUUACCUUGGGUUCCUUUAG